AUGCCAGCCAAGGGUGUAUUUUCGAGAGACUCAUCAUCAUCGUUGCUACCUCAUAGUCAGAAACGAUGGCGUGCAGGAAUGACACUGAAAAGAGGACCAAUGCUGCCCACACCGAUGCGCUUUCCAUCAGCAACAUUCACUCCUCCUCCUCAACGAUAUCCACCUCAAAUGGAGCCGAGCAGCGGGAUACGGCCCCGAACGUACGGCUUCUUCAAUCAGGCACUGCCUUCUGUAGCAGUCGGUUACGUUAAUCAGAAACGAAAGCAGAUCCAAGACAACACCACAAAUAAUAAUGCGAAAGCCACCAAAAUUGCCGCAGAUGCUGACUCGAAACUGCCGAAUUGUUCUGGAGCAACGAAUCCCUCAUCACAGAAAUCGGCAUCAGCAGUGACCAGUGAUAAAUCUCAGCUCAUUCAACCUCCACUUUUAAAUGCCGUAUCGAGCGACGGAUCCCUAACCGAAACCACUGGAAAUAGAUCUGCUUCAUUGGUUCAGUCACCACCAACAGAGGAGCAGUUGAAUGUUGUUAUAAAUGAAUUGUUUGCAAAAUUAUUAUGGAAAAAGCUGGAUUUGAUAAAGGAUCCGUUGCGUUUAUCGCAACUUCAAAUCGAAAUCAUGAACAUUCUGCAGCAAGCAGUCGCUGAGGAAGAGAACACUUCUAAAGGAUCGUCUUCUUGA